AUGCACUCUCCACGCUUCCAGUCCAUCACGGCCCGCUUCUCGCCGCAGAAGCUGCGCACCUCGUUCCGGAGGUCGUCUUCGGCGUCGUCAGCAUCCUCGAGGGCCAGCAGCGGCGGAUGCCGCAGCGAGAGGGCGGAUUCGUUCGCGUCGCAGUACUCGCAGACGAGCUCGCCCAUCAGCACCAUCAACAGCAUUGUGCUCCGUCACCAAAAGUCGACGAGGCUGGAGUCGGCCGACGAGGACGACCUCGACCUGUCUCUGCACAGCAGCAUCCUGGAGCCGAGGCCCGCGGCUACCUUUUGUAGCCUUGAGGAGCGCAUGACCUCGUUUCUCUAA